GAUCUAGAGCAGAGGGGAAGGGCCGGGCCCCUGCAUCAAGGGGGCAUAGCUAGGGGAGAGGCGGCCGUGUGCACCCCUCUUUCCAUCGACCCCUUGGGGUGAGGGAGAUAAUGAAAUAGGGAGGGGUGGAGCUGGGGGUCCCUCAGGAGCUCGGGCCAGGUUCUUUGACCCCAUUUGCUCAAUUACAGCGACAGAGCCCUGCCUCGCCUCCUGCGGCCUGGCGUGUAAAUAUGCAAGCAUGCAUUCCCUCCUUAGCCUCCAAAUCACCAUCUCCCUUGGACCGAGGCAAUGAAACUCCUCCAAGAUUUCCCCGCUAGUUCUGCGCCGGCUGCUUUCACUGGGGCCUGGAGAGCGAGAGAGAGGGCGGCGGCGGCGGCGGCGUGUGCCUGCGGGAGCUCACAUUCCCAGUCGCAGCCGGCCUUGUCGUAGCCGGCGAUUCGCAGCCGCCUUGAGAAGCCUCGGAGGCGUCGGCGUCGGCGGCUACUGUUGAUGCCAGCGGGGAGAACCCUCUCGUGUCAGAGCCGCCCUAGCUGCCGCGGGAGAAAGGCGUGGGCCGAUCGUGUUAAGUUUUGCUGCCUGGUAUUUAUAGCAGGGAGCAGAACAGUAGCAAGCAGGCGGUGGUGGCGUCGGCGUUGUUGUUCUUUCGUGUCGCAUCAAAGCCAAAGGCUCAUCGGAUAACUGGGCGGAAGGGUCAGCCUCCGCGAGCAAAAACGUGUCUGCCCGCCGCGAGGCUGAAGUUUUUGAGGAUGGGCAAAGACUUCCGCUACUACUUCCAGCACCCAUGGUCCCGCUUAAUUGUGGCAUACCUGGUCAUCUUCUUUAACUUCUUAAUAUUUGCUGAGGAUCCAGUAUCUCACAGCCAAACGGAAGCGAACGUCAUAGUUGUUGGGAACUGCUUUUCAUUCGUAACAAACAAAUAUCCUGAGGGAGGAGGCUGGAGGUUUUUAAAAGUGUUCCUGUGGCUACUUGCCAUUCUCACUGGACUGAUAGCUGGCAAGUUCCUCUUCCAUCAGCGUUUGUUUGGUCAAUUACUUCGACUGAAAAUGUUUCGAGAGGAUCACGGAUCUUGGAUGACAAUGUUUUUCAGCACCAUCCUCUUCCUCUUCAUUUUUUCGCACAUUUACAAUCUGUGCCUCCUUAUGGCAGGGAACAUGAGGGCAUACAUUAUAACAGACUUCAUGGGCAUCAGGAAUGAAAGUUUUAUGAAGGUAGCAGCAGUGGGGACCUGGAUGGGAGACUUUGUCACAGCUUGGAUGGUCACUGAUAUGAUGCUUCAGGACAAGCCUUACCCUUACUGGGGAAAGUCUGCCAGAGCUUUCUGGAAAAGGGGAAACACCAGGAUCAUUUUAUUCUGGGCAGUUCUGUUUACUUUGACCUCGGUGGUUGUGCUUGUCAUUACAACUGACUGGAUCAGCUGGGACAAGCUAAAUCGUGGAUUUCUGCCAAGCGAUGAGGUUUCAAGAGCCUUUUUGGCUUCCUUCAUCUUGGUGUUUGACCUUCUUAUUGUCAUGCAGGACUGGGAGUUUCCACAUUUUAUGGGUGAUGUUGAUGUCAAUCUCCCUGGCUUGCCAGCUGCAAACUUUACAUUUAGACUGCCUUAUUUCAAAAAGAUUUUAAAGGAGGAGUAUCACAUACAUAUAACAGGUAAAUGGUUUAACUAUGGAAUCAUAUGUCUUGUUUUAAUCUUGGAUCUGAACAUGUGGAAGAAUCAAAUGUUUUAUAAACCACAUGAAUAUGGUCAGUAUAUUGGUCCUGGGCAGAAGAUCUACACCGUGGAAGACUCAGAAAGCUUAAAGGACCUCAACAGAACCAAACUGUCUUGGGAAUGGAGGUCAAACAACACUAACCCUUUGACCAACAGGACGUAUGCUGAAGGGGACAUGUUUCUUCAUAGCCGAUACAUUGGUGCAAGCCUAGAUGUCAAAUGUUUGGCCUUCAUUCCAAGUUUAAUGGCUUUUGCUUUAUUUGGGUUUUUCAUCUGGUUCUUUGGACGAUUUCAGAAAACGGAUCAAGGCAUGGAGAACCUUGACAAAUCAUACACACGCAUGAAAAGGAAAUCUCCAUCAGAUAUGGGAAUGACACGAGAGAACACACAGGUUUUAGCAGAGGAGCCGUUAAGCUCUGAAGACCCACAUUUGCUAUCCAUCAAGUCAGACCUGAGUGAGAUUGUCUUUAACUCUUCCCUGCUAACAUCUGAAAACCUAAACAUGCACUUAAAUGAACAACCAAGUCCACUGCAACCAAUAAGAGAGCCCUCUGUACCUAUGAAUAACCCUUUAACCUAAUAAUGACUUUAUUGGAAAGACAGUAAGAAGCAAUUAUUGUGAGAUUUCAUUGUUACUUUUUUUUGUAAGUGACAGUUUACAUAAUCUUUAGAAUGAGAAAGAGAUACAACCUAUACCACAACGGUGCUCAACAUGCUUUUUCUCUAUGACUUUGUUUUCUAUUUGUAUUAUAAUGACUUGUGCCUAUUGUAUUAUAUCAAACAUUCCUUUAUAGAGCGCUUCUAAAAAUGCAGUAGUGUACUAGAUGACUACUUGCAGGUAUAAAAUACUACAUUGGUGGUGCCUUGAAAAAUUAAAUUGUCUUUUUAACUCAAACAUUUAGAAAAGGUAUGAAGCUGUUCUUUUCCCAUUUUUUGCCAUUUUCUUUUAAAUCGAGUGAUGUAGAACUAGGACAGGCAAUGUGUGGUCCAAAGCUGAACCUGGUUCAUUAAAUCUCACUUCAGACUCUCCUCCCACAUCCUUUGUGGAGCCUGGAAGAUAAACAUGCAGGGCAACCAAGUAGACCUUUUAUUUUAAUUUUUGGCAGACUAUGGUAGGAACCUUUGGAGAAUCUGGUGCAUCCUACAAAUUGUAUGAUGUCUGUCCUUGAUUUAGAAAUGCAUUGGAUGGAUGGAAGUGCCAGCACAAGAAUGAUGUCAAUAUUUCUGUGGAAUGGCUUUUCAUAAGCAUGGCAGCGAAAGUUUGAUUUAUUGACUGAUCUGUGGAAUCAAUGACUUUGACAGCUGGACUUCAAAGAAGCACGUUGAUUACCUUUUAAUUUUGCUGGCUAUCUGCCAGACACAAAACCAGAUUCAUAACACCAUCGCUUUAGAGCGAUAAUGCAGCAUGGGUCAGUGCUUAGGAAUAUAUGACUUUCUCCACCAGUAAUUGCAAUUAGAUGAUAAUACCUAAUUAUGUUUUCAUAAUUAGAGAUAAAUUGCUACUUGAUUAAAAAUCCUACCCCUCACUUUUUUAGGAGCAAAAGGUUAAACUGCAGUGUUGGCGAAACAGUUGGACCAUCAACUGAAACCUAUGCAAUGCCAAAGAAUCAAUCUUGGGAAUGCUCUUGAGGAUAACCGAGUCCAUCAUCUGUGGUCUUUGUGAUUGUUGAUGCAAAUAUUGAGUAACGUACAUCAAAAUGAGAUUUGCGACAUGCCACUGAGAAAAUGGAUUCUGGCAACGGAUUGUAGAGGAGUGAAUGCAUGAAAUAGAAUAACAGAAUGUGUGUUACUGUACUUGCGUGUUUUGUUACUUUGAAGAAUUAAACACUGUGUCCACUAAUAAAAAGAAAGAAAAUUCAGAAACAAAA